GUCACGCUCAGCGUCCGUUUCAGCAACCACUAUAUGCUGUUCUGGAUCGCCGCAUUCCUCAACAGGCAGUCGACGGCGCACAGCAAGCAAUUAAUGAUCACACAAGAGCAGGAAUCACGAGUUUACAUGAGGCUAUGGAAGGCCCUCCCGAUCUAGCCCCUCUGCUAGGCAAGCGCAAAGCCUCUUCGCCUUCUUUGAGCACGUUGAAACGGCGGACAAGUUUCCAUGAACCAGUAUCAUCGGUUCCCGAUACCCAGCCUGCGCGGCCUUUGCUUAAGUCAGCAAAGAUAGCUGUCGAUUUAUCAGCGGCAAAAUCAGCGAAGCCUGACCUUCCGCCUAGAAGAUUCCAGAUCCCUACCCACGCAGGUGGUGUGAUAGAAAUCCCAUCAUACCCAAGCCCACCUCCGACGCGAGCCUCUGACUGGGAAGUCGUUGACACCAUCAAACUUAUGCGCAGUGACGACUUGGAAGGGUGUCGUAACCCCUUCAAUCGGAUUCCCUCCUCCGCCGCAAGAGGCCUCCAAAUGCCCCCAGAGCAUGGGCAGCAAGCAUACUAUCCAGGCCCUGAUCUCCACUCAAACCAGCCAAACACCGACACCGAAAACGACAUCAUCCAGCCUCAUGACCAUAAAUCCCACAUGUACAUGAAGUACACAAUAUCUCAAGACAUGUCAACGGAGCAUGCUAGGAAAAAGGCCAAGUUGAUCGCCAUUAAAGAUAGGAAGCGGAUACUUCCCGCUAAGAUGCCCUGGUCCAUCCAAUCGAAGGCGAAGAAGGGCCUUGGUGUGGUAGGAACGGGCGACGGUAGUAGAGAAGGAAGCGACACAGCCAAGGAUUCGGGGGCCGAGUUAGUCGUUCCUGAUCCGGAGAUGCAGCGGGGGAGAUUCGAAAGGCGAGCGGCAAGACUGGAGAACAAAAAGAAAGAAGAGGAAGCGCGGCUCGAGGUGCAGCAGCGGGAGGCGGAUGUUAUGCGCAGGGUCCGGGCAGUCAAUUCGAAUACCGAGCUGGCAGAGAUGCAAGAAUGGGUCCGCCAGAUGCAGUUCGACAAGGAGGAGCUCAUUCGAGCCCACACCCUGGAGACUGCGGAACUUCGCAAGCAAGUCUCUAUUCUCACCUCGAGGGUUAACCUUGCCACAGAGCUUUCCAUGUCCGAAGCCGCAAACGUACGGCUAGAGAGGCUAGAGAAUAGGAAGUUGCGGCAGGAAAUCGAAGAGAAGAACCAGCGGCUGAGCAGGCUUGAGCGAAUAGUCAUAAAUGCUAGACACUAAUGCCUAUGGGCGAUUAGAAAAUGAAGGGGGAUUUCCCGACCGGCCCGUGUUUGAACGAUAGAUGUCUGUUCAUUCCCGCGACACGUCUGCGAGCCUAGGGAUAAUCGUCAGAUGAGGUUGGUGUGGUGAGAGAAGGUGUCCGGCGGCUUCCAGAUAGCAAACAACGGGCAAUGCUUAGACUAGUCUGCUUUAGAAGUAGUGCGCUUGGCACGAAAAGCGCCCCUCAGCCCAAC